CACCUUUUUGGACUUUAUGCUGUGUUUACUAUCAUAUCUCACACAGUAUCUAUCAGUUGUAACCGUUUACAGUUCGCCUGCACAAGCUUAAUCUUAUGUGUUUGGAUACAUACAUUCAUAUUUAAAUAUGUCUACCGAGUACAAGUAUGACAUUGACAACUUUGAAGUAUCAGAUGAUAUGAAGAAAAACUUUGACAAAGAUGGAUAUACUAUAAUUCGAAACCUGUUUAAUAAAGAUGAAGUACGCAAGAUUGAAAAAACUAUAGUUGAAGGAGGAAUGAUGGAGCAUUCGUAUAAGAUACCGGACAAAGAUGGCCGCUCCCCGAAUAUUGGUUUAUGGCAGCAUCCAGGAAAUGACGUCACAGGUAUGAUGACGAGAUGUGAAAAGGUCGUUACUACAGCAGAAAAGCUUCUUGGAGUGGAGGAGUUGUACCAUUACCACUGUAAAUUUCUAAUCAAAGAACCAAAAGUUGGCGGAAGUUUUGAAUGGCACCAGGAUUAUGGAUAUUGGUACAACUACUGCCUUCGACCUGAUAUGUUGGCUGUGUUUAUUGCGAUAGAUGAGUGUACCCAGGAAAAUGGUGGUCUUGUGGUUUUAAGAGGAACACAUAAAUGUGGAAGAGUUGAUCACGGUAAAACUGGUGGGCAGCAAGGAGCUGACAUUGAACGGGUUGAACUUUUAAAGAAGCAGUAUGAACUUGUAAAUGUAGACCUACAACCAGGCGAUGUUGUGUUCUUUCACUGCAACUUGCUUCACUGUAGUGGACCAAACAACAGUGAGAAAAGACGGCUAGCUAUAAACGUAUCAUACAAUGAGAAAAGUAACAGUCCUGUGAAACCUGACAUUUGUCCAAAAUACACCAAGUUGGAGAAGGUAUCGGACACAGCUAUUUUGGAGUGUCAAAAUUAUACAGAUUUCUCGGGGAAAAACUUCAUAAAACGAGGCGAGGAUAAACUUGUCGACUUCGCUGACCAGACCUCAAGUUAUGAGAAGAGCGGAUAGUUGCAACAUUGACCGCAGCUUGUCUGAACGAGCCUAUUUUUUAAUGUCAACAUUUUAAGUUGAAAUUAUCAAACUAGAACAUUAAUUUUCUAGUGAAAAUACAAUAAUAUUGAUGUAUAUACACAUGUGACAUUUACGUUGAAAAUUGAAAAUUUUGCGGACUUGGUGUGAAUUAGCCU